AUAGCCCCCACGUGUCAGCUCACCGAGUCGAAAGAUCUGUGAAACCUCCGUAAGCCCCAGUGUGACUCGCACUUUCCUUCAGCGCCAACUCGGAUGAACUGACUCAGCUACUUUUAAUCUCACCGCCGAUUCUCACCUUAUCGAGUCUAGCCGAAUUAAUCAAUGUCACUCUGUCUCUGCUUAUGAACAUUGAUUGGAGGUUACUCUAUUCAUGCACAGAGAGGAUGCUGUAAGCUUGCUCAUGAGCUUAAACUAUCACAACCUGUGGGGUUUGUCUCUAAUCUGAUAUUCCACGAGCUUCUUAUAGAACAUUGAAGUGUUUUAGUUGAAUUAUAAUUUGAUGGGGAAGUCAAUAAGGUGAACCGAUCAACCGAGAUACAGUUUUCUGUGAAGAUUGAAGAUGGAAGAAGUUUGUCUCAACAGUGAGCCAGUUUUUGAUGAAGGCGAUGACUAUGAGGUUGAGGAAGAUUGUAGUGCAGAGGAACAUGAGAAUGAAACUGGUGAAAGAUAUUUAAAGAAAGAACCCCUACCACCUACUGUGGGUUUGGAGUUUGAUUCUUUUGAUGAAGCUUAUGAUUUUUAUAAUGUCUAUGCCAAGGAACAAGGGUUUGGCAUCAGAGUGAGCAAUUCAUGGUUUAGAUCUAAGAGAAAGGAACGGUACAGAGCAAAACUUAGUUGCAGCAGUGCAGGUUUUAAGAAAAAGAGUGAAGCAAAUAAUCCACGACCAGAAACAAGAACUGGCUGUCCUGCAAUGAUAGUUAUUAGGCUUGUGGACUCAAAAAGGUGGAGAAUAGUUGAAGUUGAGCUUCAACACAACCAUCCAGUGAACCCCCAAAUUAAACGGUUUUAUAAGUCACAUAAAAAAAUGAUUAUUGCAGCUCAGAAAGCCCAACCACCUCCAGAGCCUGUCACAGAAGUACACACCAUCAAGUUGUAUCGAACAGCUCUCCCAGAUGCUGGUGGUGAUGGAUACUCAAAUUUUGAUAAAAGAGACGGUGCUAAUCUUGUUGAUCAUUCUAAACACUUGAAACUUAAGGAAGGAGAUGCACAUGCAGUAUAUAACUACUUUUGUCGCAUGAAGUUGACAAGUCCAAACUUCUUUUACUUGAUGGAUCUGGAUGAUGAUGGGUGCUUGAGGAAUGUGUUCUGGGCUGAUGCUAGAUCCAGGGCUGCAUAUGGAUAUUUUCAUGAUACAGUUGCAAUUGAUACAACAUGCUUAGCAAACAAAUAUGAGAUCCCUCUGAUUUCAUUUGUUGGUGUGAACCACCAUGGGCAGCCAUCAUUAUUGGGCUGUGGCUUUCUUGGACAUGAAUCAGUAGAAUAUUUUGUUUGGAUUUUCAAGGCAUGGCUAAAAUGCAUGCAAGGGCGUCCUCCACAGGUGAUCAUUACUGACCAGUGUAAACCCUUGCAAAGCGCAGUGUCUGAGGUCUUCCCUGAAGCCCGCCAUUGUUAUUGUCUCUUGUAUAUUAUGCAGAAGGUUCCAGAGAGGUUGGGAGGGUUGAAGGGAUUUGAAGCCAUCAAAAGACAAUUGAACAAAGCUGUCUAUAAUUCUUUGAAGAUAGCCGAGUUUGAAACUUCUUGGGCUGACAUGAUCAGGCAGCAUGGACUGGCCAAUAAUAAAUGGCUACAAACAUUAUAUGAAGAGAGGCAACGGUGGGUUCCAGUUUAUUUAAAGGACAUAUUUUUUGCAGGAAUGAUUCGUUUACAAGAAAAUGAGGGGUCAAAUGCUUUUUUUGAUGGUUAUGUACAUAAACAUACAUCUUUUAAGGAAUUUGUUGAUAAGUAUGAUCUAGCACUACACAGGAAACACCUUAAAGAAGCCAUUGCAGAUCUGGAGUCGAGAAACUCAAACUUUGAAUUGAAAACAAAAUGCAAUUUUGAGGCACAGCUUUCUAAAGUGUAUACAAAAGAAAUUUUUAAGAAGUUUCAGUCUGAGGUUGAAGGAGUGUACUCUUGCUUCAACACAAGGCAGGUUAGUGUUAAUGGUCCAAUAGUUACCUACAUAGUUAAAGAACGAGUAGAAAUGGAGGGAAGUGAGAAGGAGGUUAGGCAUUUUGAGGUUCUAUAUGAGACAAGCCAAGUGGAUAUUCGAUGCAUAUGCAGCUUGUUCAAUUACAAAGGUUAUUUAUGCAGGCAUGCUUUAAAUGUUCUUAAUUAUAAUGGGGUGGAAGAAAUCCCUGCUCGCUACGUCUUGCCACGUUGGAGUAAGGAUUUCAAGCUCAAGUGUUCGCCAGAUCAUGUUUCCAGUAAUAUUGAUGUGUAUAACCCAAUUUACUGGCAGAUUCAUCCUUAUAAAGCGGCCAUUCCGAUUGUGGAAGGAGGAGCACAAUCACCGGAACAUUAUAAGAUUGCAUUGCAAGAAUUGGAUGACUUGUUGAAUAAAUUAAAUCUUGUAGACAACUAGUGUAAAUUAGAUGCCUAGUCGUGUGUAGAAACUAGAAGGAAAUUCAAUGUGCUUUUUCACAAUAAUGGAUUCCUUUUUCUUCUUUUCA